GUGAGUGAGUGAGUGAAUGAAUGAAUGCGAUAAUGAGAGAAUGAAUGAGCAAGUAGGUACACAGGGGAAUGAAUUGAACAUUACGCAAGUUCUAUAUUUUUUAGUUUUUAGAAUGUGAGUUAAACCUUUCCAUGUCAUCAGUUUAAAAUAUUUCUGCAUUUUUUUCAGAAUGUGGCGGUUACUAUGGCGACAAGACGUACAUCUGUCAGGCGUUGCGGUCCUACAUGACACAAUACUACCAGUACUGCAGUGUCUACAUUCUGGCCAGUCAGAUGUACUUCCAGUGCGGAUGUAACAACAUCGCCCCCGCCCCCGUCACCGCCGCGCCUACCACAGCAGCGCCAACAGUCGCUCCCACCACGAUUGCUGCAACUACAGCUGCCACUACUGCUGCUGCCACUACUGCUGCCACUACAACAGCAGCGACAACUCCCGCUGUGAGAAACUGUGGCAUCAGCACCAUCAACCCCGCAUCGUCGGCGCCGGCGGUCCGCAAGGCGCUCAGUAUGCUGCGUAUCGUGGGCGGCAACACCGCCAAGGACGGGGCGUGGCCGUGGAUAGUACUACUGAAGGUGAAUUCUGGAGGCGCCAGCUUCCUGUGUGGAGGAACGAUCAUCGACUCCACACACGUGCUCACCGCGGCCCACUGUACAGAUGGCGCUAAACCAGGGGACAUAACUGUUGAAGUUAGUGAACAUGACAAAACGGAUCCAAAAGACUCCGAAUCUGUUAGUGUCAGCAGUAUUAACCAGCAUCCGGGCUACACCAAUAGUCCUACUAAUGACGUCUCAGUAUUGACCUUGUCUACACCACUAGACUUGUCUCUGUCGGACAGAGGCGCCAUCUGUCUGGCCGAUUCGACCUCUCCACCUUUGACCCCUGACAUGACCUGUUACGCGGCUGGCUGGGGAACGAUGAGUAGUGGCGGCUCCACCCCAGACACCCUGCUGCAGGUGGCCCUGCCCGCGUACGAAAUGUCUAAGUGCCAGUCGACAUUUAGCACGACCUUCACCCAGCCCGACAAACAAGUGUGUGCUGGUGACCCGGCCGGGGGAGUCGAUACGUGCCAGGGCGACUCUGGCGGACCGCUGUUUUGUGCUGUAGGAAGUAACUGGGUCCAGUACGGUGUGACGUCAUACGGAAUCGGCUGCGCGAAGCCGAACCAGGCCGGUGUGUACGCGAGUGUGGCCGCCUUCUCCGACUUCAUCAAUUCCGUCUAGGAAGCAGACGACUUUACAGUCAGCCGUCGCAGUUGCAAACUGUGGUCCACACAGACAAUAUCUUAAUAACACAUUUAAACAACUGGAUGAUAAUGAUGAUGAUGAUGAUGAUGAUGAAAAUAAAUAAAUUAUUAUAUAUU